UAUAAAAUUUAUAAAAUCCUGUUGCCGACGUAAACUCAAAGAUCGACAUGCAUGAUUUUAAAGACAAGGUAGUGUUGAUAACCGGCGGGGCCAGCGGCGUCGGCUCUGGCGUUGUCAGGCUGCUGAUGGAAGAAGAAGUUCAGCAUGUAGCUAUACUAGAUAUAGCCAAAGAUGCGGGAAAAGCUUUCCAAGACGAGUUGAACGCGAAGUACGGGCCCGACAAAGUGAAGUUCCACCAGUGUGACGUCACCGAUGAAGAAGUGUUCUUGGGCAUCAUGGCCGAGGUCAAGAACACACGUGGCCAGAUAGAUGUGGUGAUCAACAAUGCCGGGAUCAUGAAUGACAGCUGGCAGACAUAUAAGAAGCAAAUAUCUAUUAAUGUGACGGCUCUCGUAACUGGGUCUCUUCGAGCGCUGGAAAUGAUGCGUCGCGACGAAGGUGGGAGGGGUGGCACCAUCAUCAACUUGGCCUCCGUGGUCGCGCUGUGCCAGCAACCAACGCUGCCAGUCUACUGGGGUACCAAGAGCGCGGUCCUGCAAUUCAGCAACUGCCUUGGAAUGGAGGAGCACUACAGCGUAUCGGGUGUACGAGUGAUUGCCGUAUGUCUAGGCUGUACCAAUACGGGGCUACUCACGCCGCAGAAGACAGGCCGUUUCGACAAGUAUUUCGCCGCUCAAUACGGGGAAACAUUUCCCGCGCUGAGAUUACAGAAAAUGGAAUCAGCAGCCAAAGGAAUAAUAGAAGCCUACAAACGCGGAGAGAGCGGCAGUACGUGGCUGGCCACACGAGAUGAGCCCGUUAAAGAUAUCACUGAAGACAUCAGAAAGGCUUAUGAUAUACUCGCUGUACAUGCCAUGCCAUAA